AUGUUUCCGUUUGUUUCUUUUCGGGAUUGGAUUCAUCAGGCGGUUCACAUCAUUCUUCUCAAAUUCUUCUCCUGGUAUAAUUUCAUCUUCACUCCAACUUGUACAACAAGUGAUUCCGAAAUUCCAAAUGAAAUCAUAACAGACAUACUCUUGAGGCUGCCCCCCAAAUCUCUCUUGAAAUGUAUGUCCGUUUCUAAAUCAUGGCAUCAACUCAUAUCUAGCCCUGAUUUGGUGAAUACACAUCUCAAAUUAAACUCAAUUCAUAGAGUUCUGUUUCCAGGCAUCAAUGGAAAUUUCAACUUUAGUUCUCUCGUCCCUUCCACUGUUCAAAUGGGUUCUAUCGCUUUAAUAUCUUCCGUUGUGGGUACUGCCAAUGGGCUAAUUUGUCUGUACAAUUACAAAGGGGAGAUAUAUAUAUGGAACCCCACCAUUAGCAAGUCAAAGAAACUACUUAAUUUGCCAUGGGAUUCCUCUUUCUAUAUGAAAUAUGGUUUUGGAUAUGAUGAAUCACGUGAUGAUUACAAAGCUCUGUUUAUUGAUGAUGAAUCCGACCUGACUUAUGUGGUCAACAUUUAUAGUUUAAGGACGGAUUCAUGGAAAACACUCCAUGACCAGCUUAAGGGCGUCUUUCUAAUAAAUCUUCCGGCUAAAUUUGUCAACGGGAAGCUUUAUUGGACUGCAUCUACGAGUUUUUGUGACAUCAAUGUGCGCAAGAUCAUUUCGUUUGAUGUAGCAGCCAAGACAUGGGGUAGCUUGGAGCUU